GCAUAGACUGACCGGAUCAAGUUGGAAGCAGCCGUUUUCCGGCAAGAAGACAGCCGUUAAGUCAUUGCUGAGAGCUAAAACGAAUGUCAGUCCUCUUCCCCAACAUUUUCCAGUCUCCACCACCAGCUCUGCUGCCUCCAAGGCCACUUUCCAUCUGCUGCUCAGCAUCAGCAUCCAUGGACCCUCACCCAACAAAGUUCAUGGAAUUUCCCUACGUCUACCCCCACAAGAACCUCAUGGUUCAUCUUGUAUCCACCGUUGAGACUCGCCUCGCCUCCCAUCUCCUCCCUUCAACUCUCCCACCUGAUGUACAGUACUAUCAGAACGACGCCGCCACUAACCAUGCGGCUCUUCACAUCAGAUCCGGCCGCCCCUCCUCACCUAUUGAUUUCAUACUAGGAAGUUGGUUGCACUGUCAGCUACCAACAGGCGGAGCAUUGAACAUUACAAGUUUUUCAUCCUAUCUCAACCCAUCCACAGAUGCACCGAAUUUCCUACUCGAGUUGAUCCAGAGCAGCCCGACUUCACUAAUACUCAUCCUUGACUUGCCUCCUCGGAAAGACCUCGUUCUCCAUCCAGACUACCUCAAAACAUUUUAUGAGGACACAAAGCUGGACACUUCAAGGCAAGAGCUUGAGAAACUAGCUGAGGCCAAACCUUACUUCUCUUCAUCGCUUUACAUCCGCAGUGUUGUGUCUCCUACCGCAAUUUUAGUUCGUAUUGAUGCAGUAGAGGGAGGGCUGAGCUCAGAAGAAAUCAUAGAGAACCAUGUUGGUCCGGUUGCAAAGGAAGUGUUAGGCAUCUGGUUGGAACAUUGCGCUUUUGGGAAUAGAGAAGUAAGGGAGAAUGAGAGAUGUGAACUAAAGAAGAGGGAUGAUUUGGUAAAAAGAAAGACUAUCGAGAUUGAUUUGGGAUUGAACUUUCCCUGAUUGUUUGGACCCAAUGCUGCAGAUCGAGUAUUGGGAGCCAUUCGUGAAGCUUAUAUGGUAUGAACAUAUGGUGUACAUGUAUGUGUUAAUUGAUCACUGUAAAAUAGUUACACUACUGAUACCAGUCAAUAAUGAUCAAAUGAUUCAAUUGGAGUUGGGAAAGGAAAAAUA